AAAACAUUCAGUUUUGAAAGCAAUGCCAUGCAGUCGAAGAUAAAAUGUCAUUUAAAUCAACCCAAAAUCCGUCAUUCAAUAGAAUCAAUUAGCUUUUUAACCUCCAACACAUGAAAUUUUACAUAAUACCUCAUUAACAUUAUGGCAAACAAAAACGAGAUAUUUGCCUACGCUACACAACCCCCUCCGAUAUCUACUAUGGUGAUUGUAGGUACAAAAAAUACUCUCAUUUCCAUUAACUCAGUGUUAAAUAACGGUUUCAUGCUCCAGUAACCACGUUAAUUGCGUAAAGCGUUGUCGAGGAAUAAGAAGACAAGGAUCAUCAUACAGCAAAAAAUGUAAAACAUUUCGUUGGCAUCGAAACACGUUGCCAUGACAAUCGACAGUCGCAACAAACAAACAAAAUAUUUAUUGUGUAUUAUUUUUUAACUCUCUAAAAUUAAAUUUCAAUUAUGAAUUUAGAUCUUGAUGAUCCAUUGGGGGAUUUAUUAAGUGACGGAAGUAAUGAUAGUCUUUUUGGAAUUGAGCCUGCAAAAAAGUCAACAGUGCCAAAAGUGGAGAAAAAAGAUGAAAAGCCAAAGACUGCCAACAAAAAGAUGGAGCAACUGUUUGGAAUUGCAGAACAGCCAAUUAAGACUACAAAAGCUGAUGCCAAAAACGAUAAUUUGCCAUCAUCACCGAAUAAAAAUCUUCCGAAACAACAAAAACUACAGCCACGAGCACAAGAGCACCUUGAAACGAAAUCCAACGACAGUCUAUCCUCUGACCUUGGUUUUGACCCGAGAAAACCAAAAAAGAAAGGAAAUAUUCUUGAUGAGCUGUUAGGCAUAAGCGAGACGACUUCAACGAAGACACAGCUUCCAUCAAAAUCAACAGCAGCAUCGAAAGCACCAAUUUCUCGUCAAACAACAUCGGAAACAGUGUCUGAAAAUGUGACAGUAGAAAAUCCUGCACGUAAGCCAGGUGGUCGACGUCAAUCGGCGGUAGCAUUUAGUGAUCCGUUAGGAUUAUUUGGGACAAGUGAGAAGGAAAAGGAGCGUGGAAAAUCACAACCCACACAUGCAAAAAAUACACGUAAAAGUAUCGCCGUUGCCAGUUCCGAGUGGCUUUUUGCUGACGGAAAUAUGACAGGUGGAACAUCGGAUAAAAGUGGGACAUUUGUCAAAAUGAAAUCAUCGCCACAUAUCCAAAUAACAUCUAAUUCCGAAGAGCGAGUAGAAGAUGAGCCUGGAUCAAGCAAUGUGACAAGUCUCGAGUCAAAAAACACAUUGACGACAAUGCCGUCACAAAGUACAAUGAGAAAUCCACCACAAAUCAUGGAAUCGCUUGCAAAUGAAACAACAAAUACAUUGAAUAGCUUGAAGCAACAGGAAUUCCAACUCAUGGUUGCAUCACAAAUGAAAACACAGGAGAAUGUGCUGAUUGAGAUGAAAAAUAAGCAGCAAGAGCUCCUUAAACAGCAGGAGAGUCAAUUCAAUGAACUACUGAGGAAACAAAUUGCACGACAAAGUGAAUUGGAAGAAAUUAUAAAGAAUCAACAAGAUAGGAUAAAUAGUCAUAUUCAAGCAUUGAUAGCAUCACAUGCACAAGCGCCAUUACUCGACAUGUUCACGGGAGGUGGAGGCACAGAUAACAUCCCAUCAACAACCGCUACUUCAGCUAAUAAUCCACUCGAGAAAAUUGAACUCGAAGGAGAUGUAAAGCGCUUAGAAAUGGAAAAAUUACGUCUUGAGGACCUCCUAUCGAACAUUAACGAUAAUCAUGAAAAGGAAAUCAUUAUGAUAGAGCAGAGCUACAAGAAGCGCAUAGCAUUGAUGGAAGAGAAUUUAGAGUCAAUGGAGCGACGAUAUAAAAGUGAGAUAGAAGCAUUGGAGACGUUUCAUAGCCAUAAAAUUAAAUCGAUCAGUGAUGAGCGUGAAAAUGUCAUCAGUAAUUUUCAGUCAAAGAUAAAAAUGAUGGAGGAAAGUCAUCAAAAUUUUAUCGAUAAACUCAAGCAGAGUUACGAGAGUGAUUUGGAGAUGCUCAAGAGACAUUAUGAGGAAAUGAUGCAAAACAUUAGGAAAUCAAAAUUUAUGGAAUUUGCUAUCAUGGAAGAAAGUUCCUCUUAUGCUGAUAUGAUAAAGCGAGCUUCCAGUCAUUUAGAAACUGCCUCGGGUGAUAUACAAUCGUUACACGAUGUUUUGCAGGAAAAGCUCGGUACACUUGAGCGCGAUAGAGACAUUAUGCUGAAUUCGAGAGAAAAGAGACUUGUCGAACAACAAAAAUUAUUGGAGCGUACACGGGAAGCAUCAGAAGCGGAGCGACAAAAACUCUUGGAUUUAGUACAGACACUAGAGUUUAAGCUUAAUGCAAUUGAGCAAAGAUCCGAUGAGGAGCAGUGGAGCUUGAAGCAAAAACUUUUAGCAUUUGAAGUUGAGCGUAAAUCCUUUCAAAAAGAAAAAGACUUUUUACGCAAUCAAAUUACAAAUGAUCAGCAAAAAGUGCAAGAACUCAAACAAUCACAGUUGAAUGAGCACGCAAAAUUGCUAAAAGAGAUUGAAGAUGAGCGCUUAAAAUUACAGGAAGAGAAAGCCCGAAAUGAAAUUGCCAAAACAUUAAAUUCGAGGAAUGCUGACGAUUCAGGACGCUCUCGAGUGGAAAUUGAUGCUGCCGUCAAAUAUGCUGAAGAUGCAGCAAAACAAUCAGAAAAGGAACGUGAACGUUUGAUUGAAAUGCAACGUCAAUUGGAUGGAAAGCGACAUGAGAUGAUGGACCGUGAGAAUGCUUUACGAGUCAAGCAAUCUGAGUUGGAAAAUUCAAUUAUCAGAACUAAACAAAGAGAAAAACAAGCAGAAAAUUUUCUAAAGCAAACAAAGAAAACAGAACUUACGUUGAUGGCAAAAUAUCAAUCGUUGCAAAAGUACACGAUGGAAUUAUCGGAACGUGAAACGAGAAUUGCCAAAGAGAAGCUUGACAUUAAUGCUGAAAAGUUGGAAUUGCAAGCACAGCGCAAGAAACUUUUUGAUACACGCUGCAGUUUGUGUAAAAUUGGCGAUAAAGCGAACGAGCUAAAGGGCAUUAUUAAGCAUCAGCAGAAUGGCAUUAACGACGAUGAUUUUGAUAAUAUUAACAGUGUCAAUGAUGAGAGAGCAGAUGGCGAAAGCUUCGGUACUCUUUUCAAACACGAAAUGAAUUUAAUGACAAACUUUACAGAGGAUUUAGAAAAUGUGCCAAAUUUAGUUGACAUGAAUGACGACAUGCUCGAUUCUGACUUGCUCAUGUUGAAGCUUGAUGUCAUAAAUUCCAUGUCUAGAUAAAUUUUUCUAAUAAGAUGAAAUAGUGACAUCAAAGCUUCAAAAUAUGCACUUUUAAUUGGUUUUUUUGCAAAUAUCUUCAUCAAGCUACAAAUGUCUGUAAUUUAUGCUGACCUAAAUUGUGAAGAUACAUUUCAAAAAUACCAUUAAAUAUAUUUAAAUUUAUAAAGACCCAACAAAGCCUUUACAGAUUUAUAUUCUUACUGAUAAUGACGUAUAAGACGAUUAUUGAAGGAAAAAAAUUUACAUAAAAUGUCAAUGAAUAUUAUUAACAUAAAUAUUUGAGUGUUUCCCAUUUUACCCUCUUAUGUGUGAUACGUGAUCCUUUCACUUUCUAUUAUGAACAUGCACACAGACAUGAUUGUUGUUAUUGAACCCCAAAGAACACGAUGUUAACAUUUUUAUUCUAAAAGUAAAUAAAGGAAUUUUUGUGGAAUUUUACUUACUUCUUUAAUGUUGAUUCUACUGGAUAAACUUCUUUUAAUAUGAUUUGAAGUUAUUGAAAGUCAACCGGAUCAGUGAAAUAGAAAGCAUAACGACGUUGAACUGCCUCAAAUAUACUUUAAUUCAAAAAUAUUUCCUCAAACUUUAUAAACCCAAAUGCCAUAAUAAUUAAUCAACCAUCAAAAAAAUAAAUAUUUUAUUUUUUAAAAACUUUUAUUUUUCAUAAAGAAAUACAAAAACCUUAAUUUGAUAGUGAGAACUGUUUACCUUAAAUGUGAUCCUUAAAAUAUUAAAAGAUAUUGACUUGAUUUUCAAUAACGUCUCAUCGGUUUACCAUCAAACAUGUUUAGAUUAUUUUUUCUAACGUGUUCCUGAAUGACGCUUCUGCCUGUUAUUUUAAAGAAAAAAUUAAGCUUUAUAAAUUUAGUGACCACUCUAAAGUAUGUCUUAAGUCAGUCAAAUUUACCUUCAUCAAGAAGUCGCUCAGAUAAUUCAAUAUUUCCCCUUGUAGACUUUACUAGAGCAUACAUUAGCGGUACCAUUUCGUGAACGCAGUUGAAUUUAGUCACAAUAUGCUCUGCCUUCAUUAUAAAAUCUUGCUGUGAAUGCGUCC